GAAUACACAGAGCAGGCGGAAGCAGAUAGCAAUUUAACAGGUUAUAUUACAAACAAAAACCUGAUACGAUCAAGGCUGAGGAGAGAGUGGAACUAUAUAAUACCAGGAAUCCAAACAAACAAAAACAAGGUGAACCAUGCCAGGCUGGGGAAUGAAUUAAUCCUUUGAUGCGCAACAUGGGUCAAAUGUGACUCAAAUCCAAUGAAAGAUGGGCAUCUCCUGACCCACACUGCGCAUCAAAGGGUCACUAACUAAAAAUAAACUAAAGCUCGACUCACUAGCGGGAAGGGAAUGUGUGCAGGCAGGUUGCUAAGGACCGGCAGUGUGGAGGCACACGUCGGCGCCCAAGGAGAGCGACGGUGGCAGCCUGGAAUGCAGCCAGGUCCUCCUCAGGGAGUAGGGGUCUAGAUGCCCGGCUAGUGGCCGGGUUGCACAGCGCCAUCAAGGCGGUCCAGGGCCUCUUCCAGAGGCGGAAACAUAAUUCCAGCAAACGAUUGGAUCCAGAAAAUGAGGACAGAACCGGGCAGUCCAGCCAGCGGAACUGUCACUGAAGAUUUUAGGGUCCAGCCCUGAGUGGAAUCCACAGCCAGGCAUCUCCUGGCACACAACUAAGCUGGUCAGGUUGCUGGCAGAGCAUCCCUGACGAGGAGGGGAGUCCAGGGGCAGUCGGAGGUCCGGCAAGCGGGGUCACUCCAGGACAGGUGAGAACUUGGCUCUCGGCUCCUCCAGGACAAGUGAGGACUCGGCUCUGAGCUCCUCCGGUACACUGCAGCCGGCUGGGGUGUGUGUGGCGGGAUGAUCGAAUACCCUCCUCAUCUCCUGAAUGAAGGCUGCAUGGGAGUGGCACACAUGAGCGGUCAGAGCUGUACAUGAGGGGCUGUAGCUCAAAUACCAAGGAGACCUGCAUGAGGAACGCUUGGCAGGUCUCCAUGUCGUCAGCAUAUGGCUCGGGAACAGGUACAGAGGAGGGGGUGGAACUAAAUAAUGUCAGGAAUCUAACCAACAAAAAAGGGGUGAACCAGUCCAGCCAAUUGAACUGUCACUGAAAUUUUUAGAAUCUCACCCAAGUGGGAUCCGCAGCCAGGCUUUAUAGCAACGAUGAUCAGCCUGGAAUAGCGCUGACUACCAGCCUGGAGAAUGCAGCAGCGAGACGGGGAGGGGUGGUUCCAAGCAGGGACACUGACGGUUGAGAUUCAGUGGCCAGAUGGAGAAGGCAAAAGACUUCAAAGGGAAGUUUCUCCUCCUCUUCGUCGCCACGUUCGUCUUCAUCUUCAUCCUCAGCUGGAAAACACCCAGGAGAGACAGAUCAGCCCCGAAGCCACUUAGGGCUCCACCUGCCUGCCCGCUGUGGGUCUCUAAUGACACCAUCACCCCGCUCAGAAACACCAAACACUUCCUGGUGUCGGCCUACAUGGACCAGAGAGUGGAGGGUUUGGAUAUUCGCAUCAUUGGCUUAUUCAGGAGAGACUCCGUCCAACCACUUCACUGCCUUUUCUGCUGUGGAGGCCACUCAAGCACGACAACUCCAACGACAAUCUUACAACACUCUGACAACUUUGGCUUCCCCUUUGUCACCACAGAUGCCAUGUGUGGGAUUCCUAAAAACUGCCACGCUACUCAUGUCACUCUCCUGACUCAACCGCACACUGAGAGAACAUCUAAUCUGAGCUGGCUUCCUAUAAGGAACCACAAGACCAAUGGUAAAAAAGAGAUGAAGUUUAACUUCACAGUCUGCAUCUCCAACCUGUUUGGAGACUACAACAAUGUGCUGCAGGUUGCACAGACUCUGGAGAUGUACAGGUUGCUGGGCGUGAACAGAGUGGUGAUCUAUAACACCAGCUGCGGCCCAGAACUCAGCCGCCUGUUGGACAGUUACAGCCAGGAAGGUUUCCUGGAAGUGGUCUCCUGGCCCAUCGACAAGCAUCUGAAUCCGUCUCAUGGCUGGCUCUUCUCACUCGUGGGAGGAGACGUGCACUACUUUGGCCAGCUGACCACGCUGAAUGAGUGCAUCUACAGGUCGAUGGAGCGUUCACGCUACGUCCUGCUGAACGACAUAGAUGAGAUCAUAAUGCCUUAUCAACACGACAACCUAAUGUCUCUGAUGAACACGCUGCAACAACAGCAACCAAAUACAGGGGUGUUCUUCAUUGAGAACCACAUCUUCCCCAAGAAACACUUCGAGCCGAGCGGAAGAUUUCACCUUCCUCAGUGGAACAAGGUGCCGGGAAUUAAUAUUCUGGAGCACAUCUACAGAGAGAAUCCUGACAGAAACGUAUACCAUCCGUACAAGAUGAUAAUUCAACCGAGGAUGGUGGAGCAGACUUCAGUGCAUGAGGUGCUCAAGAAUUUUGGACAGCGGUACAAGGUUCCACCAGACGUUUGUCGGAUCAUUCACGUCCGCGUGGGUCUGCAAGGGUCUUUAACGCUGGAGCAGCUUCACGUAGACAAAAGGUUGUGGGAUUUUCAGGAAAAACUGAUUCCAAAUGUGGACAAGGUGCUACAGAGAGUGGGACUGCUGCACUCGGACAGACGGAGCUGAUGGGCAGACGGAUGCUUGCUGAACUGGUUCAAUGUGAAUGUGCGCCCUCAAAUUUAGCAGGGACAUUUGUGAUUGUUUACUACUGCUGUUUUCUGAAUAGUUGUCUUAUUUUGCACGAAACAGCCACCACCGCCCUGAACUGAACACUGUUGGUGCUACACUUUUACAAAAUUGCAGAGGUUGUUGUGCUAGGAAACCUCCAGCUUGAUCCCCAGACUGGUGUUUUGAAUAUUCAAAUAUAUAACUCCGAGCCUCCACACCCUUUCACACCAGGCAUGCUGUCCUCAGCGUUCAGGCUCAUGUGGCGCUACUGUAUAGUCAGCACAGUCACUUUUUUCCACGUGGAAACACUGUAACCAACUUUUAACACGUUUUACUGUACAUUUACAUGGAAACAUGACUAAAUUUUUUGCCAUGUUUGGAGUUUAGACUUCAGAACAUCAACAUUUCUACAAUGCUGACAGUGACAGUAGUAAAAGACUACUGUUUAGCUGCUAAAAUGUUUACUGCAACACCAAUAUUCAACUUAAGGCCUGAGCUUUAACUGAGUUUCAGAGGGCCGAAACAAUAUACAAAAGGAGAAAUGAGAUGCGCUAGUAUGGAAACAAUGAAUUGUCAUUAUUGUUUUUUUUGUUUUGUUUUUUUAAAUUAGCUGUUCAGUUGCUCCUUAGUGACAUUAAACAGGGAGGGAAUGUUUGACUGACAAUACGAGCAAUUCUACAAAUAUUCAAUAAAUGCCCUCAAUAGCAGCCAGAUGCUGUUACUGACACAUAAACUUCCUAGUGGAUUUCUUCCCUGCACCAUUCAUGCUUGGUUUGUGGAGAUUUUUGGUGUUGCGGCAGGACAGCAGGGACAGUAUGGACUCGCAAAUGCAUCAAGCAUCAGAGCCGUUACGCACAAUUUAACAUUUUUGCAACCAUUUUGCUAAAGUAACUUGUGUCUUUGUUGUGUAUUUGACACACCAAAGUCCGGACCUCAUGGUUUCACAAGUCAGGGGUUCAGUAAGGUUUGCACAGUUUGAGGGGAUGUCUUGAGGAUACAUAAUAUUGAAAGAAUAAAUUAGAUGUCAUGUGAGAAAACUGGUUUCUUUUACAAGAAACUGCAUUCUAGAAAAAUACUUGGAUUAAGGUGAAAUUUUAUACAUGCAUGUGUCAGCUGUGAGUCUAAACUUCUAAAUGGAUGCACUCCAAAGUGAUAAUUAUAAUACAAAUCAUUGGUGCAGCAUUGUGAGCUUUAUUUAUUUAUAAGGCCUUUCUUGGGUUUUCACCCUCUGACGUUACCUGGAUGCUGUCUUUUGAUAGGGGCCCUAACCAAAAGUGCACAAAAGACUUGUUUGUGUUGCAGAAAAACCUGUUUUUCUCACUGUACACCUGUAGUCUAGAAUGACCUGUAGGACAAUCUAAAGCUUGGCUAAUUUUUAUCCUUAAGUUUUUAACUCUGCCAUUUAAAUUUUUAAAAAAAUCUCCAGCUCUUUUUGUUUCAGUUGAUUUAUUUGCUGUAACUUUUAAAUGUUCUGUUUAUUCUUAAUGGUUUUUGGUAUUUAAGUGAUUUUGCUUAGUCUUUUUUAAUCAUUUUAAAGACCUCCGCUAGUGAAAAUCAAGUUUUAUUCACUGGAAGAUGCAUCAUGAGCAAAAUUAGUAGUCCAGGUCGUGGCUGAGCAUUUUCACCUUGAAACUGUAGUGUAGCAAUGACAGUAUGAAAAACACAGACAGAUUGGUUUUCAUACAUCACAAACCUAACUAACCAAUCCUGUCUACUUGUCUACUACUAAUGGUUACAGGGUUUUCUAUACCAUUAUUCUUCAAAAUCGAUUUCCAAUUCGAACAUGUACGACUGACAACAACUUACCAUUGUGUAGCGUAGAGUAGUUUUUUAGUGUUUGAGCAGAGUUGUAGGUGAGCUGGUGUGCUCCAGCUGCAACAAGCAGCGAUGGGAUGGGUAGAGAUAGAGGUGGGAGCAUCGUAGAUCUGCACUUUAAGGCAUUAAGAGAUUGUUUCCAUUGAAAAAAAUAUUUGUAAAUAUGUAAUUUUGAUACACGGAAAAGGGUUGUUAAAAGGUAUUUGUGUGUGUGCCUCUACUUUUUUUUUUUUUUUUAACAUAAUGGGUUAUAUUGUAAAUGAGGCCUCAAUACCUCUGUAUAUUCCGAGUUUAGAUGGUUGAAUGAGGGAAUGAACAUUGUUGUAGAGCCAUAGAUAUCUGGACAAUAUCCACCACUAAGCUAGAGGCUGACUGAUUGAACACGGUGUCUGUGUCAUGAGGAACUGACUGACUAAAAGCUUUUAACUAUGUCCAGUGUUUGAGAGGUGAUGGAUGGUCAUAUUCAUUUGUUCAUUUACAGAGUUUCUCCUUCUGUGAGGUGUCAUUCCUUAGUGCACCUCUUAAAGUUACAGUAAAUAAUAAAGGUGGAUAAACCCCCGAUUCUCAUGAGAAGCCAGUCUGCCAUAUUUUGUGCUCUGUGCGGCUUCAGAAAUCAUUGUUAACCCACUGUGAAUACGGUUUUCUGCCUCAUUCUUUGAAGUACUUGGUGGAAACAUGCUGUUUUACUAUUUUCUUUUAGGUUUUAAUGUACUUUUUUUUUUUUGCUGUAUUCCUCUUUGUUAAACACCAUCAUGACUGUCUUCUCAUCUCCCAAUUAUGUUCUUUAGACUUCUUUCAGAUUUCAAUAAAGUUUAAUGUGAAUUUGGA